AUGGUGGAGGAGAGCCAAAGUGUGCCUUCACCAACGGGUGUUGUAGUAACAUCUGAAAACUUCAAAACUGUCGUGCAUUGGCAGUACCCACCCAUGUCUGAAACUCCUCAUUUUAUUGUAGAAAUCAAACCUUACAAUGUGGGUAAUUACAGCAUCGUCUCAACUUGUGUGAACAUUUCAGCUCAUUUUUGUGAUGUCUCAAGCAAAAUAGAUGAUCCUUUUACCUCUCACUGGUUUCAAGUUAAAGCUGUUGUUGGAUCACAGCAGUCUGCGUAUUUUGAGACGAAUGAAUUUAUUUUGCAAAAGCAUGGUAAAAUAGGAUCGCCCAAACUGAAUCUCUCAAGACACGGCGAUAAAAUUAUGGUUGAUAUUUACCAUCCUGCAUUCCCCUCUGAGGAGCUUCUUCCUUGGAUCAAAGACUUUUAUUCAGGCAUCACGUACUUGGUGACUUUUUGGGAUAGUAAAAAUCAGAGUAAAGAAGAGUUAUCCGAAGACAACUGUACAUUGCAUAAAUGUAGCCUCACCAUACCAUUUUUUGGUUCUACUUACUGUGUUUUAGCAGAGGGAAGUUCAUAUGAUGGUCUGAUGGUUGUCACCCCGUCAGAAAAAAGCUGCAUUGAUGUUCCUCUCAAGCAGACAUCAAGCACACAAGUUAUAAUCAUUCUGUGUGGUGGUCUUCUGAGCUUGAGUCUAGUUGUGACAGUAUGUUGUAGUUACCAGAAACUACGGAAGAAUAAGGUAAAGCUGCCUAAGUCUUUGGUCAGUGUGAUAAGAAACCUGAACACAGACAGCAUUCUGGAAUCAAAAUCAGAGGCAAAAUACAUAUCUGUGAUAAGCUUCAUGCCAGGCCAGUCAGUAAAUGAAGUAACCUCGCUGGAGGUAGUGCCAGAAGAAGAAACUGUUAGAACUCAGGAUUCCAGUGAAGGAACAUCUUCAGUUCUUCCCUCAGAGACACCAGCCAAAGCAGAAGAGCUGUCUGUGCAGGAAAGCACAGUGGAGGUAUCUUCUGAUGAUGAACAGCAUCACAAAGUAAAAGAGAGUUACUUCAUUUCUGACAGUAACCAAAUGGAUAUUAGCAGUAACUCUUCAGGCCCAGAGGUUUCUGCCACAGAAAUACAACAAACAGUCAUUCCAAGCAGCUGUCUCAAGUUUUCUGGCUAUGACAAACCUCAUGUGCCAUUAGAUAUGCUGAUAGAUGUUGGUGAAGAGCAGCCUGUGAUUGCUUACAGGCCAACAGACUAA